AUCUUAUCUGAGUGGAAGCAGAAGUUUGAAGAGUCACAGAUGGAGCUGGAGGCAUCACAGAAAGAGGCCAGGUCCCUCAGCACUGAGCUCUUCAAGCUGAAAAACGCUUAUGAGGAGUCACUUGAUCACUUAGAGACUUUAAAGAGGGAAAACAAGAAUCUCCAAGAGGAGAUCUCGGACCUGACGGAGCAGCUGGGUGGCAGCCACAAGACCAUCCACGAAUUGGAGAAGGUCCGGAAGCAGCUGGAUGCCGAGAAACUGGAGCUCCAAGCUGCACUGGAAGAGGCUGAGGCCUCUCUGGAGCAUGAGGAGGGAAAGAUCCUGAGGGCCCAACUGGAGUUCAACCAGGUGAAGGCAGACUAUGAGCGCAAGCUGGCUGAGAAGGAUGAGGAGAUGGAGCAGGCCAAGCGCAACCACCUGCGGGUGGUGGACUCACUGCAGACCUCGCUGGACGCUGAGACCCGGAGCCGCAAUGAG